AUAAUAUCAUAAUUGGAUGCACUAGUUAAUAACAUAACCUCUUAUAAUACUGUUGACAAUAUAUUUUCCUCUCUUACAUUUCACAGUACUAAGCAGACUGUAAAUCUUAAUUUGGUUGUUUUGCAAGAAGUGUAACUACUUUUCAAAAUGGCCAAACGUACUAAGAAGGUAGGAAUUGUAGGUAAAUAUGGUACCCGAUAUGGAGCUUCUUUACGUAAGAUGGUUAAGAAAAUUGAAAUCACCCAACACAGCAAAUAUACCUGUUCAUUUUGUGGAAAAGAAUCUAUGAAGAGAGCUUGUGUUGGUAUUUGGUCUUGCAAACGCUGUAGAAGAACUGUAGCUGGAGGAGCUUAUGUAUAUUCCACAACAGCAGCCACUACUGUUCGGUCAGCUAUCAGACGUUUGAGGGAAGUCAAUGACUUGUAAUUUUUUGAUAUUUGAUUAUUAAUAAUAUAAGGACAUUGAAAAAAUCAA